AUGCGUCGCAUUUUAAACACCGCUCUUUGGGCGUCCUUGGCGGCAUCAGCCACUGCCGCUACGGUAGAUGAUUGCCCUGGCUAUACUCUCAGUAAUCUCGUCCAGUCGCAGUCGUCAUGGACAGCCGAUUUGAGUCUCAGCGGCGAUGCGUGCAAUGUUUACGGAGAGGAUAUCAACGAUCUCAAAUUGCUGGUGGAAUACCAGACUGAUUCGCGGCUGCACGUCAAGAUUUAUGAUGCCCAAGAGCAAGUCUAUCAGAUCCCAAAGAGCACUCUGAGUCCGCCAACAGGACAGGAUGGAUCAUCUACGUCGAAUUCGUCAGACCUGGUCUUUUCCUAUACAGAAAACCCAUUCUCCUUUGCUGUCCAGCGUCGCUCCAAUCAGGAGACGCUGUUUAAUUCGUCCGGUUCCAACCUCAUUUUUGAAAGCCAAUAUGUCCGUCUCCGUACCUCUCUUCCAUUAGAUCCCUUUCUCUAUGGACUGGGAGAAGAUUCGGAUUCGUUUGUAAGGGAGACAAAUAACUAUACUCGCACGCUGUGGAAUAUCGGAAUCGGGAUGCUGCCAGCUCAUUCGAAUUUAUACGGAUCCCAUCCCAUUUACAUUGAAAUGCGGAAUGGUACCGCCCAUGGCGUGUUCUUGUUCAACAGCAAUGGUAUGGAUAUUAAAAUUAAUCAGACCGAGGAAGAUGGUCAGUAUCUAGAAUACAACACCAUCGGCGGUGUGCUUGACUUUUACUUCUUGGCCGGACCCAGUCCUGCUGAUGUUUCUCGCCAGUACGCCGGCGUUGUUGGUACACCCGCCCAGCAAUCGUACUGGACCUACGGGUUCCACCAAUGCAAAUACGGCUACCAAGACGUCAUGAUGGUGGCGGACGUUGUAUACAACUACUCCCAGGCUCAGAUUCCACUAGAGACCAUGUGGACUGAUAUUGACUACAUGGACUUGCGCCGGACUUGGACCCUCGACCCCCAGCGCUUUCCCCUGCACAAGAUGCAAGAGCUUGUGAGCUAUCUGCAUGACCACCAGCAGCAUUAUAUCGUGAUGGUGGAUCCGCCUGUUUCCUUGAACGAUAGCGAUUCCUAUAAUAAAGCGCUCAGUUCGGAUUCGUUCCUGAGGAACUCGAAUGGAAGCAUCUUCGUCGGCACGAUGUGGCCUGGUGCUGUUUCGUAUAUUGAUUGGUAUCAUCCCAACGCCGAGGCUUUCUGGACGGGCGAAAUAGCUUCGUUUUUUGACGCGAAGGAUGGCCUAGACGUUGAUGGAAUUUGGAUUGAUAUGAACGAUCCGCAAAACUUUUGCGAUUAUCCAUGCCAAAACCCGGUUCAAUCAGCGAUUGAUAAUGACAUUCCUCCUGCACCGCCUGCUGUGCGCACUACUUGGCCUCCUCUGCCUGGAUUCCCGGCGGAUUUACAGCCGCCUGCUUCUGAUGCUUCGGAGAAUGUUGUUACACCUCGUUCUCCGUACCCAAGAAGCAUUUCUGCAACGAGCGCCAACGUCACUGGAAAUAUGACUGGUCUGGCUGGACGAAACUUGAACACCCCGCCAUACGCCCUCAACAACAGUAUCGGCCCCUUGUACACUGGCUCAAUCUGGCCAGACCUUGUCGGAUAUGGAGGCUAUGUCUCCUACGACACCCACAACAUCUUUGCGUCCGGCAUGAUUGCACAUACUCGGGAGGGCUUACUCAAGCGUCGACCAAACGAGCGCCCAUUCAUCAUCACACGCAGCACUUUUGCAGGAGAUGGACGCAAAACAGGCCAUUGGACGGGGGACAACGGAUCUGAAUGGGCGCAAUACUUGAUCUCGAUCUGGCAAAACAUGGAAUUUGCAUCCAUUUUUCAAAUCCCCACCGUCGGUGCUGAUGUGUGCGGCUUCAAUCUUAAUACUACCGAGCAUCUUUGUGCCAGGUGGGCAAUGCUGGGCGCGUGGUACCCAUUCUAUCGUAACCAUGCUGGUGAUACGUCCAACUUUCAAGAAUUCUACCGCUGGCCGUUGGUGACAGAAGCAGCACAAAAGGCUAUUCGUACGCGGUUUGCGCUUAUUGAUUAUUUCUACACUGCUUUUACCCAGCAAACUGUGGACGGGUCGCCAACUACUAUUAUCCCGCUGUUCUACGAGUAUCCAAACGACGUGGCCACAUACAAUAUCAGUUAUCAGUUUUUCUUUGGACCAUCCGUCCUGGUGUCACCCGUCACUGUGGAGAAUUCCACAAGUGUUGAAUUGUACUUGCCUGAGGAUAUAUUCUACGAUUACUGGACCGGGCAGCAAGUCAAUGGAACCGGUUCAACCAUAACACUCGACAAUAUCACCUAUACUGAUAUCCCCGUGCACAUCCGCGGAGGCUCAGUUCUACCGCGCAGACUCAACACAGACGCAGUCAACACGACCACGCAGCUGCGAGACCAGGACUUUGAGUUUGUCAUUGCACCCGACGCAGACGGCAAAGCCACCGGCAAUUUGUUUUUGGAUGAUGGGCUCAGCCUCGACUCGGAAUCGAGUACGCUCAGCGUCAGCUUUGAUAAUGGCCAUUUGGCUGUCACGGGAUCGUUUGCGUAUUCGGUUGAUGUGAAAGUGGUGAGCGCUACGGUGCUGGGCCAAGGGAAUGGUACGUCGUCGUAUGGAGAGAGCUAUUCGUUGAACAGGACUUUGAACGCUGCGUGGAGCACGGAUCUGUAUGGCCAUUAA